AGAAGAAGAAGACACCCUUAUUCAGAAUUUCAUAUCUGUUAAUCAUACUUGUAAAGUUCAGUCAGACGUGUUGUCAGACACAUCGGUAGGUGAUCACGUUAAGUACCCAAGCGUUCGUCUAACAACGGAUCACAACAAUCAAGUUAACCAUGGCUAACGAGCCAGUGAGUGUGAUGUUCAAGGUCUACUGUCUGUCAGUGAUGACACUGGUGGCAGCAACGUACACCGUGGUAUUACGAUACACAAGGACAGUAUCUUCAACAGCUAUGUACUUCUCUACAACAGCAGUAUGCAUCACAGAAGUUAUUAAAUUGUUCUUGAGCCUUGGGAUGUUGACCAAAGAAACUGGCAGCUUUGGCAGGUUAAAAGCGUCCAUAGUUGAACAUGUAUUUUGGAGUCCAAAAGAGCUGCUGAAACUGAGUGUUCCCUCUGUGGUCUAUGCAGUUCAGAAUAACAUGGCCUUUGUUGCCUUGAGCAAUCUUGAUGCAGCUGUGUAUCAGGUGACCUAUCAAUUGAAGAUCCCGUGCACAGCCUUGUGCAUGGUCCUCAUGCUGAACCGCUCUCUCAGCAGGCUGCAGUGGUUCUCAGUCUUUAUGCUGUGUUUGGGCGUCACGCUGGUCCAGUGGAAACCGGCAGAGGCCACUAAAGUCCAGGUGGAGCAGAACCCAUUUUUGGGGUUUAUGGCCAUUGCUGUGGCUGUGUUGUGCUCCGGGUUUGCAGGUGUGUACUUUGAGAAGGUCCUAAAGAGCUCAGACACAUCCCUAUGGGUGAGAAACAUCCAGAUGUACCUGUCUGGCAUUGUGGUCACCCUCGCUGGAGUUUACAUGACUGAGGGUGCUCAGGUCAUAGAGAAAGGCUUCUUCUAUGGUUACACGCCUUGGGUGUGCUUUGUAGUCUUUUUGGCCAGUGUGGGUGGUCUGUACACAUCAGUGGUGGUGAAGUACACAGACAAUAUCAUGAAAGGCUUCUCUGCUGCAGCCGCCAUCGUUCUCUCUACUGUGGCAUCCGUCACUCUGUUUGGGCUACAGAUAACUACUACCUUUGCUUGUGGAGCAAUGCUGGUGUGUGUCUCCAUAUACCUUUAUGGACUUCCGAAACAAGACACCACCAAGCUUCCAAGAGCAGACACCGACAAGGAGGCCAGGCAGAAACUGAUCACUGUUUGAAGCCUGGGUCUGGAAUAACAAAGGUUUAUGGUCUUUCCUGACCUCUGUGUUGGAGCUGCCCAUGAGGCUCUCUUUUCACACUGCGGUCUAUUGUUGUCCCAUAAGAGCGUUGGGCAAGGAACUUAAAUAAUAUAGAUUAAUCAUUAUAUCAGUAAUGAUGGAGCGUAAGGGAAGUGUGGCGCUGAGGCAGAAUGUAUGCGUAGACAAUAAAUACCAUUGGGUUUUUAUUCCUUA